AUGAACGUCCUCAACUCGGCACCCAAGCCGAAUGAUGUACCGUUGGAGCCGGGUCCUACGGAUUCCGUGACGCGAAUCGAAUUCAAUCCGGUUGUGGAUUACUUGGCCGUUGGAAGUUGGGACAAUCAGGUCCGAGUUUACGAGGUCAACGCUACGACGGGACAGAUCACGCCAAAAGCAGCGGUGCAACAUGAGGGUCCCGCCUUGAACCUCUCGUGGUCCAAGGAUGGUACCAAGCUCCUUACCUGUUCAGCCGACAAGACCGCCAAGAUACUCGAUGUUGCUACCGGAUCAUCUCAAGCGACCCAAAUCGCGGCUCAUGAUGGACCCAUCAGUUGUGUGAAGUGGCUCGACAUGCCGAGCGGUCAGGGUCAGGGAGUUUGUGUCACGGCCGGGUGGGAUAAGAUGGUCAAGUACUGGGACAUGAGGCAGCCGAAUCCGAUUGCAACAAUCACCGCAACAGAGCGGAUCUACGCCUUGGAUGCUGUCGACAAGUUGAUGGUAUUCGGUACAGCAGACAGGAACGUCUCGAUUGUUGACCUGAACAACCCUGGAGUCGUGAAAAGCUCGAAAGAAUCUCCCCUGAAAAUGCAAACUCGAACGAUUACGUGUUUCCCGGCGAAAUCUCCUGCCGGUAACGGGUAUGCUAUCGGAAGUGUAGAAGGACGAGUGGCCAUCCAAUACGCCGAGGACAAGGACAGUGGACAGAACUUCUCGUUCAGGUGUCAUCGAGGAGAACCUGUGACGGUCAACCAGAUGAACCGAACCACCGAGACUGCCGUAUAUUCUGUUAAUGAUAUCAGCUUCAACCGGCUACACGGAACGUUCAGUACUGCUGGAAGUGAUGGAUCGCUGAGCUUCUGGGACAAGGAUCUGCGAACUCGUCUCAAAACUUUUGUGCCGAAGGAUCUCAACAACGCUGGCGACACCGUCAACAAGAUCCCUCCGACUCCUAUUGUUGCCACCGCUUUCAGCAAAGAAUCAAACCUCUUCGCAUAUGCCUUUUCCUAUGAUUGGUCGAGGGGCUACACCGGUGCUGUUCAGCAGAACCUCAACAAGGUUAUGAUACACCAGGUUCAGCAAGAAGAGAUCAAGCCCAAGCAAAAGGGUAAAUAG